AUGGCGACUGAACUGAACCGAAAGAUAUUUGAGCGAAGCUUUGCCUACUUCUCUCGAGAUCUGAAGAACGUCCAGCGUGAUUGGGAGAAGGUCACAAAGUACGGCAAGAGCCUGGGUGUGUUGGAUACAAGCUUGCAGCUUAAUUACAGCAAUCAAUUUCUGGAAUGGGCUCUUGACGCCGAGUCCAACGAUCCAUCAGACGAUCAGAGCAUGACGGCUCUGUUACAGAAUGAUGUGGCUCUUAAUGGUGGUUUCCAUCGCCCCGGAGGUCUUGAGACAAAGGUCGCGACAUGA